UCAAAGUUUACUUCCUCAGUGUGGAUGCAUCAUGUGACAAGUUCCAAUUUCUGUUUAAAGUCAAUUAACUGAAGUCUCCUUGCUACCUUUGAAAUCUCUGGAGCAAUCACAUCAAUUCAACAAGUCUUACUAUUGGGAGCACCUGCUGAUUCUAUCAGAAUGAAAUGGCUGGUUUGUGUGGCCCUGGUAUACGCCUCUGCAAUGGCACAGCUGCAUAAAGAUCCUGCCCUGGAUCACCACUGGGAUCUCUGGAAGAAAACUUAUGGCAAACAAUACAAAGAAAAGAAUGAAGAAGCAGCACGACGUCUCAUCUGGGAAAAGAAUCUCAAGUUUGUGAUGCUUCACAACCUGGAGCAUUCAAUGGGAAUGCAUUCAUAUGAUCUAGGCAUGAACCACCUGGGAGACAUGACCAGUGAAGAAGUGGUGUCUUUAAUGAGUUCCCUGAGAAUUCCCAGUCAAUGGCAGAGAAAUGGCACUUAUAAGUCAAACCCUAAUCAGAAAUUGCCAGACUCUCUGGACUGGAGAGAGAAGGGAUGUGUUACUGAAGUCAAAUACCAGGGUUCCUGUGGUGCUUGCUGGGCUUUCAGUGCUGUGGGAGCCCUAGAAGCACAACUGAAGUUGAAAACAGGAAAUCUGAUAUCUCUCAGUGCCCAGAAUCUGGUGGAUUGUUCAACUGAAAAAUAUAGGAAUAAAGGCUGCAAUGGUGGCUUCAUGACAGAGGCUUUCCAAUACAUCAUUGAUAACAAUGGCAUUGAUUCAGAAGCUUCCUAUCCCUACAAAGCCAUGGAUGAAAAGUGCCAUUAUGACUCAAAAAAUCGUGCUGCCACAUGUUCAAAGUACACGGAACUUCCCUUUGGUGAUGAAGAUGCCCUGAAGGAAGCUGUGGCCAAUAAAGGACCCGUGUCUGUUGCUAUAGAUGCAAGUCAUCCUUCUUUCUUCCUCUACAAAAGUGGUGUCUACUAUGACCCAUCCUGUACUCAGAAUGUGAAUCAUGGUGUACUAGUGGUUGGCUAUGGUAACCUUAAUGGGAAAGACUACUGGCUUGUGAAAAAUAGCUGGGGCCUCUACUUUGGUGAACAAGGAUAUAUUCGGAUGGCAAGAAAUAGUAAAAAUCACUGUGGGAUUGCCAGUUAUUCCUCUUACCCAGAAAUUUAGAGGAUCUCUUCGUUUUAAAACAAGUGAAGAAGAUGAAAUGCUUUCUCUUAAUUUUGUCUGCUGUAGAGAUAAAGAUGAAAUGUAUCAUCAUCAAUAUAUAUUUACCAUUA